AUGGAAAUAAAACAAGAAGUUAGUGAGAAAACUUGUAAAUUAGAAAUAGAUAAUGACACGUGUGUUAUUCCUUUGGAUACCUUCAAAAUUGAAAUUAAAGAAGAACCAAAGACAGAAACUGCUUACCAAGCAUUUGAUUAUUUAGACUUAAAUGAAUUGACUGUAAACACUGAAGUAGAAGGUGAAGAUAAAUUUAUACCGUUUGAAGAAAAGCAAACAACAAAUGAAGAAAGUAAGUAA